AUGGAGAUGGCUUCUGUAACUGCUGGUGAUGGACAAAGCACUUGCAUGCAAUCAUGUUACAACAUGAUUGCUGCAUUUUUAGGGGUUGGCAUUUUAACACUGCCAUAUGCACUGUCCAUCGCUGGUUGGCUUGGCUUAUUACUAUUUAUUGCGGUUGCAAUGGUAUGCUGUCGGACAGCUCUCCUGCUUGAGCGUUGCAUGCGCGGUAAUGAAUCAGAUGUUCAGAGCUAUGGUGACAUGGGUUAUAAAGCAUUUGGAAGGUCAGGGAGAAUAGUGGCCUCACUAAUAGGGAGCACAGAACUCUAUCUGAGUUCUAUCAGCCUACUGCUGUUGGUGUCUGAGAAUCUAAAUUAUUUGUUUCCCCACACAGUCUUCUACCUUGGACACCUAAAACUUGGGGAAAAGAAGUUGUUCACAGUUUGCACUGCUUUAGUGAUGCUUCCAACUUUAUUCUCAACAAAUGUUACAAAAUUAUCAUUCAUAAGUGGUUUGGGGACACUAGGGAUUUUUGUAAUAAUAUUGGCUAUGCUUUGGGUUGGAGGUACUAGUGGAUAUGGAUUUCAAGACCGAGCAAAAGUUGUUUCAUGGAAAGAUGCUAUCGAGGAUGGACUACCAAAGCAAUAUAAGAAACAGUUAAUUUGUAUUGUCAUAAGAUUUAUUCUCCUAAUUAUCACAACCCUGAUUGCUUGUUUUUUCCCUUAUUUCGAGUCUCUGAUGGCGAUCGUGGGGUCAUUUUCUGUGGUUUUGACAUCAUUAUUGUUCCCCUGCUGCUGCUACUUGAAGCUAAGAGGAGGUGAAAAAUUCAAUGUCAAGUUUAUAGAGAUACUUGGAAUAAUAGUGUUUGGUAUAAUGACUGGGGUUACAGGAUUAUACUUUGUUGUCUUUGAUCUUGUCCACGGUGCUGGUUAA